AUGCCACUGCAGGAGCACCACGAAAAGGCCCCAGGAGCUGUCCACGAAUCACCAGUGCCUUCCGCGCCCGCAAGCAAUACCGUCCGGGCCUCAACCGAUACUAUUACAGAUCCCGAAAUAGAAAGGGAAAAUGCGCGAAACAGCAACCCGAAUGGCUUUGUGGGGACAGGCGGUGGAGUGAACGUUGAAGCUGCCGAGGCCGAAUUCGAAACCCUAAAUCGCCAGUUGUCCGGCAUCAGCCAAGCAAGCCGACGUUUGUCGAAGACGCAAUCGAGACAAUCAAAACAUAAGGCUGCAUUCACUGAAGGCGACAUCGAAAAGGGACGAUCUUCAGGCUCCUCAUCCUCCGAGGAGCCGUUUGAUCUCGCGACCACCCUUCGUGGAAAUCAUGCUGCAGAAAGGGAGUCGGGCAUUCGACCAAAGCACAUAGGUGUUAUAUGGGAUGGCCUUACUGUUUUUGGAAAUGGCGGGGUUACGAACUUUGUCAAGACAUUCCCGGAUGCGUUCGUCGACUUUUUUAAUGUCUUUGGGACAAUAAAAGGUAUCCUUGGUCUUGGGAAGAAAGGAGCCGAGGUUAAGAUAUUGGAUGACUUUCGUGGUUUGGCCAGACCGGGGGAGAUGGUAUUAGUCCUGGGCCGACCUGGCUCCGGCUGUACAACGUUUCUCAAGGUUAUUGCAAACCAACGCUACGGGUAUACGAAAGUAGAUGGCGAAGUUCUCUACGGCCGGCUCGACGCAAAGACUUUUGGAACGCUUUAUCGUGGCGAGGCGGUAUACAACCAGGAAGAUGAUAUCCAUCAUCCAACUCUCACCGUUGGACAGACACUGGGAUUUGCUUUGGAUACGAAAACUCCCGGAAAGCGGCCGCAUGGCAUGUCCAAGUCCGACUUCAAAGAUAGGGUCAUCACUACAUUACUUCGUAUGUUCAAUAUCGAGCAUACUAAGAAUACCAUUGUAGGGAAUGCUUAUGUCAGAGGUGUGUCCGGAGGGGAACGAAAGCGAGUUUCUAUCGCCGAAAUGAUGGUCACAGGUGGUACUGUAUGCGCCUGGGAUAACUCGACUCGCGGAUUGGACUCGUCGACUGCGUUGGAUUACGCCAAGUCACUUCGGAUUUUGACAAAUCUCUACAAUACAACCACCUUUGUCUCAUUGUACCAAGCUAGUGAAAAUAUUUUCAAGCAAUUUGACAAGGUCAUGGUUAUUGAUGCUGGGAGACAGGUGUACUAUGGCUCUGCAAGUGAAGCCAGAGCUUAUUUCGAAGGCCUUGGAUUCAAAGAACGGCCGCGGCAGACGACGCCCGACUUCCUUACUGGAUGUACUGAUGAGUUCGAGCGCGAAUAUGCUGAUGGCCGAUCGGCUGAGAAUGCGCCUUCAAGUCCGGAGUCGCUCGCUCAGGCUUUUAACGGCUCAAAGUUUAAAAAGAUUCUUAACGACGAGAUGGUCGAAUACCGGAAGUCGAUCGCGGAAGACCAGCAGAAGCAUGAAGAUUUCAAAGUUGCAGUUACCGACAGCAAGCGCGGAGGAGCUUCAAAGAAAUCCGUCUAUAGCAUACCAUUCUAUCUCCAGGUCUGGGCACUUAUGCAUCGGCAAUAUCUGAUCAAAUGGCAGGACAAAUUCUCCCUAGUCGUCAGUUGGGUUACCAGUAUUGUCAUCGCCAUCGUGCUUGGCACUACCUGGUUGAACAUCCCACAAACGUCCGCUGGUGCCUUCACAAGAGGUGGUCUAUUUUUCAUCAGCGUGUUAUUCAACGCAUUCCAAGCCUUUUCUGAGUUAGCAAAUACGAUGCUCGGCCGCCCAAUCGUCAACAAACAAAAAGCUUAUACUUUCUAUCGGCCUUCCGCACUUUGGAUCGCCAAUAUUAUUGUCGAUUUGGCUUUCGCGGCAGCCCAGAUCCUGGUAUUUUCUCUCAUCGUUUACUUCAUGUGUGGUCUAGUUCGCGAUGCAGGAGCUUUCUUCACAUUUUACAUCGUAAUCAUCACUGCAUAUUUGGCUAUGACGCUAUUGUUCCGCAUCAUUGGCUGUGUUAGCAUGGAUUUCGACUAUGCUAUAAAGUUUGCGGCUACUACUAUUACACUACUUAUUGUCACUUCGGGAUACUUAGUCCAAUAUCAAUCCGAGAAAGUUUGGUUGCGAUGGAUUUACUGGAUUAACGCCUUGGGUCUAGGAUUCUCAACGCUGAUGGAAAACGAAUUUAGUCGAGUACAGCUAACAUGUACAACUGAAUCCUUGGUGCCUUCUGGGCCAGGUUACGACAGCAUUGCGAAUCAGGUCUGCACUCUUCCGGGAAGCGUGUCCGGCUCGAAUAUCGUUUCUGGCUCAGCGUAUAUCACUACAGGCUUCUCGUACAAUCCUGGCGAACUAUGGCGCAACUUUGGGAUUAUUAUAGCUAUAAUUGUUGGAUGCCUCAUCGCAAAUGUGACUUUGGGCGAGAUGUUUAGUUUUGGUGCUGCCGGGAAUGCUGCGAUGUCUUUCCAAAAGCCCAACAAGGAACGCAAGGAGCUUAAUACCGCGCUCAUAGCAACGAGAAAUGCUCGCAGAACUUCGAAGAAUGAAGCCGAGGCCACCGAAAUGAACAUCGCCUCCAAGGCUGUCCUAACCUGGGAGGAGCUAGUCUAUCAUGUCCCCACCCCCUCCGGUCAACUACGCCUGUUGAACAACGUUUAUGGAUAUGUCAAGCCUGGAGAGCUUACAGCCUUGAUGGGAGCGAGCGGUGCCGGGAAGACAACUCUUCUAGACGUGUUGGCAGCACGAAAGAAUAUAGGUGUCAUCUCUGGUGAUAUACUAGUAGAUGGGAUAAAACCCGGGUCUGGUUUCCAGGGCGGCACCUCUUAUGCUGAACAACUCGACAUUCAUGAGCCUACACAAACAGUCCGCGAAGCCCUUCGAUUCUCCGCGGAUCUUCGCCAACCGUACGAGGUUCCCCAAGCCGAGAAAUACGCAUAUGUCGAAGAAGUUAUUAGUCUACUAGAGAUGGAAGAAAUGGCUGAUGCAAUUAUCGGGGACCCAGAAUCCGGCCUAGCUGUCGAGCAACGGAAACGUGUUACGAUCGGUGUCGAGCUGGCCGCUAAACCUGAGCUCUUGCUCUUUUUAGAUGAACCUACGUCCGGUCUUGAUUCCCAGUCUGCGUUCAAUAUUGUCCGGUUUUUGAAGAAGCUAGCAAAUGCUGGUCAAGCUAUUCUUUGCACUAUUCACCAGCCGAAUGCUGCUCUGUUCGAAAACUUUGAUAGGCUACUAUUACUACAACGCGGCGGACAGACUGUUUAUUUUGGAGAUAUUGGAGAUGAUGCCUGUAUUCUACGGGAUUAUUUACGUCGACAUGGUGCCGAUUGUCCUUCGGAUGCUAAUCCGGCUGAAUUUAUGCUUGAUGCAAUCGGAGCUGGACAAGCACCACGGAUGGGAGACAGAGACUGGGGCGACAUUUGGGUUGAAUCCCCAGAACUAGCCAAUAUCAAAGACAGCAUAUCCCAAAUGAAGGCGAAAAGACUCGCAGAAGUAGGCAGCCAUGCAAAGAAUGAGAGAGAGUAUGCCGCGCCGCUCCUUCAUCAACUCAAGAUCGUCCAAAAGCGAACCAACCUAUCAUUCUGGAGAUCACCCAACUAUGGCUUUACUCGACUUUUCAACCAUGUUAUUGUUGCACUUAUUAAUGGCCUUGCGUAUCUCAACCUAGACAACUCGAGGGCCUCGCUCCAGUACAGAGUAUUUAUCAUCUUCCAGGUUACUGUGCUUCCUGCCUUAAUCUUGGCUCAAGUUGAGCCUAAGUACGCCAUAUCUAGAAUGAUAUUCUACCGCGAGGCCUCUUCCAAGAUGUACGGGCAGUUCGCGUUUGCCUCAUCUCUUGUGGUUGCCGAGAUGCCUUAUUCUAUAAUAUGCGCCGUCGCUUUCUUCCUCCCACUCUACUACCUCCCCGCGUUCUCCCAUGAUUCAUACCGUGCCGGUUAUCAAUUUUUGAUGGUCCUCAUCACCGAAAUCUUCUCCGUCACUCUCGGCCAAAUGGUUGCAGCCCUGACGCCAACACCGCUUUUCUCCGCGCUCCUUAACCCGUUUAUCAUGAUCACGUUCGCUCUCUUCUGUGGUGUCACUAUUCCAAAAUUACAAAUGCCGAAAUUCUGGCGCUCUUGGCUUUACGAAUUGGACCCCUUCACUAGACUUAUUGGCGGUAUGGUGGUGACGGAACUGCACGAGCGGCCGGUGACAUGUAGUCCUCACGAGUUUCAGCACUUUACUGCUCCCGCUGGGCAGACUUGUGGGGAGUACAUGAGCAACUACUUCCAACGUGGAGGGCUAGGGUAUAUCGCCAAUAAUGCUACGAGUGCUUGUGAGUACUGUGCAUUUAAAGUGGGGGAUCAGUUCUACGAAGGCCUCAGCUUCAAUUAUGAGAAUCGAUGGCGAGACAUGGGUAUUUUCGUUGCGUUUAUUGGAAGUAAUUUGAUCAUCCUGUUCUUGAGCUCGAGAUAUUUGAAUUUCAAUCGCAGAUAA